GUUUGCAGAACCCGGAAAAGGGAGCCUCGAAGUUCGGCGCUGUGACAGCAGUGUUUACAAAAAGACCCGUGUGGUUCGUGAGCGUUCUGCUGGACCCGGAACUACUUUGUAUUCCUCUUUGGUGAGAUCAACAAACCAGCGAAGCUUCUACGUGUCACACCGAGUAGUUCUGACUCAGUUCUCAAAACCGAAAGUAAAAAGUGUCGAGGACGAGCAGAAUGGACGAGGACGAGGACGAGGAGCCUUUACCCAUGAAGCAGGAGCUGACCUGCCCAGUGUGCAUGGACAUCUUCCAGGACCCGGUCCUCCUGCCCUGCACCCACAGCCUCUGCAGGAAGUGUCUGCUCGGCUGUCUGCAGGGGAAACGUGGUUGUCCGAUGUGCCGCGAGAAGCUGACGGAGGGACAGGCCAUCUCCAACCGGGUGCUCAGCGACGCCUGCGAGGUCUUCAAGCGGGAGGCCGACUGGCUGCGGAGCCAGCAGCGGCCCGGGGAGAAUAUCUGCCGGAUCCACCUGAAGCCGCUGGAGCUGUACUGCGAGAAGGACGAGGAGCCGGUGUGUGUGGGCUGCUACUCCCAGCACAACACGCACAGGCUGCUGCCGAUGAGAGACGGAGCUCCGCUGUGUAAGAAUGAGCUCAGUUUCAGAGUGGACAUCUUUGAAAAGAAGGUGGAUUCACACAAGAAGAUGAAACUUCUUCUCAACAACACAGUGGAGCACAUCAAGUAUCAAGCUGGGCAGGCGGAGACCCACAUCAAGGAUGAGUUUGAGAGAAUCUACGAAGCACUUCGUACGGAGGAAGCCCGGCGUCUUCAAGCCCUCGUUACUGAGGAGGAGGAGAAGAUUGCUGCCAUAAAGGAGAUGGUUGACAAGACAGACCACGAAGUCGUCGCUCUGAAAAAGCUCAUCGAUACUUUGAAGACGGAAAUGGGCAACGAGGAUCUUAAACUCCUGCAGAAUUUCAAGAAGUUGAAGAAAAAAGCCCAUUGGCCUCAUAAAGACCCUUGCAUCCCUGAUGACUCUCUUUUGAACAUGGGCAAUCAUGUCGGUGAUUUGAGCUUCAAAAUCUGGAAGGCUAUGCAAACCCAUGUCAACCACUAUCCAGUGGUGCUGAACCCAAACACAGCUUCUCCAUGGCUGUCGGUGAGCGAUGACAUGACCAGCGUGAAGGAAAGCUCAGAGCGGCUGACUGUCCCGGACAACCCGGAGCGCUUCGACCCCUGUAUCUUUGUCCUUGGAGCUGAAGGUUACACCUCCGGGAAACACAGAUGGGAUGUUGUUGUCGGGGACAGCCCUAGAUGGAUUGUGGGAGUAUGCCAAAAGUCGGUGGUCCGCAAAAAGAAGUUCACUGUGUCUACGAGCCGCGGUGUGUGGUCCAUAGGCCUCAGCAAAGGGGUGUACAGGGCCCUCGCAACCGAGCGUACAGAGCUGCAGCUGCAGCAGAGUCCAAAGAGGAUUCGCAUCAAGCUAAACAUAGAUAAGGGAGAUGUGUCAUUUUGGGAUGGGGAAACUCAGCAGCAUAUCAUCAGUUUUACACACGCUUUUAAAGAGGAGAUGUUUCCCAUUUUUGGCCCAGGGCUCCAUAGUGAACCUAUGACUCUGGUUCAAGGAAAAAUCGCCGUGCACACUUCAUAAUUGGCUAUGAUACAACAGAGGGAUGAAUUAUUUCACUUUAACCUGGAGAACUGAAAAUAAGAUAUUGAAAAAAAAACUUAUUAGAAAGUGUACUGUGCACUUAUAUUUAAUUAAUAGAGAAAAAACUACAUAAAUUAAAAGCUUCACAAGAAAAGACUGUGAUAAAAGAUGAUGGGGCUAAAGUCGGAAAUAAACAUCUCAAAACUAAGUCAGACAUGUAGCUUAAAAGAUAAUAUGGAACAAACAUAGACAGCGAGUAAAGACAGUCUUUGAUAAUAAACCUCCAAAGCGCUGCAGCUGCAUGACAGUGCACAGAACUGAGAUGUGAUAAAUCAUGUGGGUCAGUAAGCCCAUUUAUAGAAAAGAAAUGUUCCUUAGCUGAAGGAAGCAGCGUUAAGUCAUAUUUUUAAACUUUAUUCUAGAGAGCUUGAGCGAUUUAAAAAGUGAUGGCGGCAGAUGCUGAUCAAAACUGAUACCAGCUCUCAAUAUCAACAAAUAUUUGUGAAAUUAACUAUUUGAAUUUCUUGCUUCCAUAAGUACGCUUGUCUUUGAAUAGUAAGCGCUGUAAGAUUAGGCACAUACUGGAGGGGACAUUAUAGUGGUAGUUAUUUAUCGAUGCAUACAUUUGAUUUUAAUUCUUGUCUCUAUGCUCUGGAAUAUGUGCUUUUACUCAUCGCUCUCCUACUUUUAUAUGCUUUUGUUGAUUAGCCUAGAAUAUUGUGAUAAUCUUUGGGCUUGUUGGUUUUUCGAUAAUCAUAUUGAGUCGCUGUUUAUCACUCACCACAGCGUGGGCAGGGAUGAGUCACGUUCUAGACCGUACUGAGGGAUGAUACACUACUUUGACUGCUCUGAAUCUGCAUGUGCAGAAAACUGUCUCCAUAUUGAACGUGUUCAAUAAAAUAUGAUUCAAAUCAAA